UUCCCUGCUGCUGCAAUAGUAGGCCAAAACUGUGAUAGUAAUCACUGUUUCAAUUUCAAGAAUCUCAACUUUCUGAGCUCAUUACACAAUUUAGCGCAUACCCAGAUAAGUUUUUUCACUUUGGUAAACAUGGCUGAUGUUUCUGAAGCUGAAGGAGAUAGAGAAGUACCAAUUUGCCCUUCAAUUCCUUCUGGUGAACAAACGGUUUGGGCUGAUGCUUCAUCUGUUCUUCAGCUCGCCUGCAAUGAUCUUCGAGAUGGAGAGCUGAUACAUGCGGAAAAUUUUAAUCUUUUUGCUGCCAUGUCAGCAUUAGAGAUAAUGGACCCAAAGAUGGAUUCAGGCAUGGUACGCACAUACUAUUCAGUAGAUGAAGCUAUUGAGUAUGGUGCUGCUCCUAUUCCUUUGAGUUUUGACAAAACAGUUGAUGUGCAACGUGUCAUUGAUAUCAUGGAUCAUCUUCUUGCUUGUGAGGCAACAUGGCAUAAAGGUUGUUCACUGGCUCAAACUGUUUUUUCUUGCUUAUACCUUUUGAGGCCUGAUAGGACGUCAUCACAUGCGCUACUACAUUCAUAUUGCAGAGUCAUGCGUGCAACCUGCAAUGCGGUUGUCUGCACGGUCUCAGAUACACGCACAAAUGAAGAGGAAGAUCUCUUCACUAUGACACAUGGCCUUCCUCUAAAGGUAGAUGGAGAUGACAAAUGUUUGACAAUGCUACAUGCAGUCGAAGAAACAAUUGCUCGUCAAUUACGGGCUUGUAAAGCUACAUUGUCUAAGAAGAGAGUUACAGAAGAUAUAGAACCAUUACAAAAUAACCCUGAUUUGGAGGAAGGAUUCUGCAAAUCUUUGUUAUGCCGAUUACGUUUUCGUAAGCACUUUUACCAUGUUGUCACAAAUAUGAAGAGACCACAAGGCAGAGGUUUGGAAUUGGCAAAGAAACAUAUUGCUUGUUGCUUUGAAGAGUUAGAAUCCAUGAUUAAGUCAGCAGAAUUCUUGAGGUCUAUCAAUGCACCAGGAACUUUGGAAGAUGGAAUGAAAAAUGAAACAACAGCUUCAGGUUGUCAACCUGUUGGGUUUGAUUCUACCUUAAAUAGUAGAUUAUCGGCUCCAACUCCACCUCGUGCUAUUGAGACAAUUAGCUGGAAGAAGGCAGCUGAAUAUUUCCAAAAGCUUCUUCAUGAACUAGAGAUCAUAUGUUUCUACAGUUUAGAUCCAGUCUUUGAAGGUGUUUUACGAUUUGUGGUCGAGUUUCAAAAGUUUCAACCAGAAUUGGUUGCUAGAGCUCAUCUCCAGCAUUUGCUGGUUCAAGAUGGGAAGCUUUAUGGGCGUGACUCUGUCUUUGCUGUGAUUUGUAAAGCUUCUUUGUUACCUGAGGUGGCGAAGAACCAUGAUAUUCAGAAGAACGAAACUGUUGUACAGCUUGGGCAAUUGUUAAUCACUUUGCUUCGAGUUCUUUGUACCAACAUUUCGUGGCAACGGCGUAAACUUGGAAAGAUUUUGCAAGAUUGGCGCAUCAUACACGUACAGCUGGAACUGGCUUUUAGGAAAGAGUGCGGAGAUAUCUCAGCCACUUCAAGUAACGAGAAUAUUUGCAUGAAGAUAUGCAGACACAUUCUCAUAUGGGUGGAGGAGCAAACAUACUGGAUUGCUUCCCGUUUCCUGAUGUUGGGCUUUGAAUUAGACUUGUAUUCUACUGGUGAAUAUUGUAUGGUCUAUUGGUACAUGUAUAUUAUCCUGAUCAAGCUUGCGGAGAGAACACAUAUGAGGGAAAUGACAAGCAAUGAAAUCAGUAAAAAGAAAGGGAAGAAGAAAAGAGAUUUGGUGAAAGAUGGAGGAAAAGAUAAUCAACUCCCACCUGCAAUUUUGUUUCUUCAGUGCCAUGUAUAUCUCGCUGAAGGUCUUACCAUGAUGCUUGCAGCUUUGAGGAAUGAACGGCAAAUCUAUCUCAGCACAGGACCUUUCAAUAGUGAGCAUGAGAGGUUUGUCCAGCACUUUGAGUUGCUUCUGAAAGCUUGCCUGCCUGAUCAUGUCUCAUACUAUUCUUUCGAGGAGACAACUGCUCAUGCUCGUCUAUCUAGCGUGUCUAUGUAUAACUGCUUCAAAGAAACUCAGAGAAUAGCAAAGGAGCUAAGGAGCAAUUUUUCUAAUGAUUCGGAUAAAAUGGCAGAGCUUCGACGUAUCGAACAGGUUGCUGAACAUAACAGUGUUGCGCUAAGUCUUAUUUCCCGGCUAGGGGCUGUUGACGCGUCGCUUAAGGUUCAAUUCGAGUUCAGCCACCAUCCUUUCUUUGCCACUGCUGUGGUAAAGAGAUCUUGAAGA